AGAACCCCAAAGCGGUACUAAGAUCCUGUUUUGCGUGUGUGGCUUGAAAUGUUUUUCACCCUAAGAGUACCAGUUCUACAACGACAUAUGAUCUCCUGUCAUAUCUUUUCGGCUCAAUACCCUAAAAGGUACCGAAAAAGCGCCCGCUGUGAACCUUUUAAGGCUGAACACCCUAAAAGGUACCAAACUGCUUUUUUACCCCUGGAAAGCAAGACGAGCACCCUAGUCCUUUUUUCGUUGGAAUUUCCCCAGGAACAACUCGUAGCAAAAGAGCGGAAAAUCAUCUGUCUUAAAGAAUUUGGUGGUCUCCCCAGUCUUCGCCAUAUCAAAAGUGUUGUAAUUGUGGUCUUCUUUUUUUAUUGAGGCAAAAAUGAUAAUGAUGAUGAUGAUGAUGACGAUAACGAUGAUGAUGAUGUGUUAUUUCAGUUAAUCCUAUGACCAGUCGCUUACUGCUAAAAUUGCAUGACCCAGUCCCUGCAAAUAAAGUGUUCAGUUCUUAGCUCUCUUUUCUAGGGGGCUGUGGUCACAUGAUCCUUUCCAUAUUCAUUACAUACGACUCCUCCCGCUAUGACCUCGUGGACCUGUGACUUAAAUUCCUUCUCGUGCAGACGUUGUAACAGAUCGCACGGAAAUAUUAAUGUUGUGAGGAUUAGGAGACCGACUUUGUUAUCCAGGCGGAGUCAUACUCAUAAAAGACCUGCGUUAAAUGAGUUAAAACAAAGGUGGAUACAGAAUGAAGACCUGUGAGGAAAUGCUAUUUGGAAUCUCGAUUGAUGAGCAGGUUCUUUUCAAAGCGUCACUGGUUCUUCUAUGUUUCUUGUCUCUGUUAUUGAUAUUGAUUUCGAUUCUCAUUGUCUGGCUUAGAAAAAUACAACGACAAAUAAUUGGCCUGACCAAAAACACUUGCUCUCUCCCUCUGGUCAUUUCCGCGGCAAAUUUCGAGGAAACAAAUUCCUGGAAAAAUUUGGUGGGUUCUGCUGCGUACGGACCGUCGAGUUCCGAUGGAGAUGGACCUCGCUCAGAUUUGCCGCAAGAAACUUCAUUUGACAGUUCCUUGGCACCGGGGAACGAUGAAAAACCUGUCCAUGGUUCAAACACAAAAGAGGGAUCCAUUGCCAGUGAUAAAAAUAAUGGAACAAAUGUUCAAAACGUUGAUGAUAGUUUAGGAGCACAUCACUCUACGAGUAAUGAUUCUGAACAGAAUAUUAAAGGUGGCAAACUGAAGAAGGAUUACAUGAGUUUAAAGUGUGCCAAAGAUCAUACGUACGCAAAACCCGAUGCUGACUCCUCACGAGUGGAGUCCAAAAUGGGAUGUGACGAGCGACAAAAUGGAAAGGCUUUGAACGAGGAAGAAAACGACGACUCCCAUGAAGACAACCAUGGAUAUCUUGUGGUUAUCCAUUCUGACAAAUCAUCUGCCUUAUCAGAGGGAACUGAAAAUGAGUCGCCUCCUCACGAAGACGAGUCUUCAUACCUUAUUCCCAUUGAAUCCAAGAUGGAGGAGAACGGACAUCACAAGAUGGAGAGCAAAAAUGAGACGGAGUCCGAAGGAAAGAGCAAGGUCAAUGGUGUGUCAAAACUCGACGACCGCGUGUCGCCUCUUGAUGAUCUAGAGGAAGGUAAAUAUGGAAACCUCUCUAGCCAGCCGGUGGGCAAAUUAACUACGUUUGGACAUAAUGCUGCGUUCCAACAAACACAGCCUGGGGUCUCAAAGGAUGUCGAUGAAGAUGACUCUGGUUAUCUCAUUGUGCAACACGUGGAAGGUGGUGCUGCUGGAAAGGCAGGUACCAAUAUUCCAGUGGGCCAAUUCCAAGCUGGAGGUACCUCAGAAAACGAUGGGCCAGUGAACGCAAGUCAUGGUGACGACAACAGCUAUGAAUACAUACCAACGAAAUACUGGAGUGAGCCAGUUGACAACUAUGAUUCCACCACUGGCAUAGAUAAGCCUGUUGCCAAUUCGUCGGCCGAAGGUAACCAUGAAUAUCUCACGGUUGUCCACGAAACGGAGGUGGACUCAAAAGAGCAAGAAUACUCCACUGACCAGAUCUACUCCGUUAUACACGACAGCAACAAUAAUAACAACGCUGGUGUGCAGUCAGAAGUAAUUUACGUCAACGAGAGCGUUGUCCAAAAUCUUGGUGUUGAAUGUUUAGAUGAUGUCCCAGUUUACGCAAACAACGAGGCACAACAACAAUCUUCUAUGUGUAACGACAACGCCGCCUUUUGCAAAGUCGACGAAAGUCCACUCUAUGAUAACCCGUGAUAUAACGAAAGUUUUCCUAUACUAGCUGCAGUCUAACUGCGAGCCGCUAUGAAAGUAUUGCUAAUGUGCUUGGAGAGAAGCAUCUCUAUUUCCAAAGCAAUUAGUAAAAAAUUGACGUAUAAUUUUAAUUUGAUUACGCACAUUGUAUCGUUCGCGAAUGGUUAAUAUCGUUGCGUCCUUUUGUUGUUGAGACAAUGGUGCAAUUGAAAUGAUAAUGCCUCUCAGUUUAAAGAGAGUCACAACUGGUCUUCGAACAUAUGUAGAUCGUCAUUUUAUAGUUAACGUAAAGUGAAUCAAUUUGUAAAUAUAUAGUUAAUCCAUUUGUUUGUUAAUAAUCUUCAGCGGCCAAAUGGCCUAAGUGUUAACGUCUACCGUAGAAAAGCGAUAUUUUGAAUUGUGCAAUCGUCAAAUAUAACCCACCAUUAUGAUUC